AUGAUACUGGAACAAACCAUUGACACUAAACAACAGAGAACCAGAACAAGGAAAAGACUCCGCCUACAGGAGAAACCAGCUGAACUAAUCCACCGGGAUGACUCAAACCAAAGCAGACACGACACGAGUAAAACGGACUUCUUAGCAGCACUAAAGUCAAGGUUGAAAACCAAUGAACUCACUGACGAAACUCAGCAGGCCAUCAGGCAAACAGUAGUCCCAGCACUUAACUGUAAGCAUGAAUCAGACACCUUCAGCACAGUGGAGAGAGAGGCCCUAGAAGGACUGAAGAAGGAUGAAAUCACUACAAUCCUACCAGUGGACAAAGGGCGAAUGACCGUUGUUCUGAACAGAUCAGACCACAUCAAGAAAGCACAGGCACUACUCGCUGAUACAACCACAUACCAACAGGUGGCGUCAAACCCUACAUCACAGCUAGCGAACAGGAUAACCCAGACACUCAAGAAACAUGCAGGAGAGAUCACUAAUGCCGACUACAUCAGAAUGAAACUAAUGGCUCAAACACCCCCUGCUUCUAUGGACUCCCCAAGAAUUCAGUCCCGCACCGGCAUUGCUUCUGUUGGGACGCGAGUACAAAAGCGACGUGUUGUUGCCGAAGAUGUUAAUGGUACAGAUACAGACUAUGAAUAUGAAGAAAUCACGCUGGAGAGAGGAAAUUCUGGCCUCGGCUUCAGCAUUGCAGGUGGUACAGAUAAUCCGCACAUUGGUGACGAUCCCAGCAUAUUCAUUACAAAAAUCAUUGCAGGAGGUGCAGCUGCUCAGGAUGGAAGACUGCGAGUAAAUGACUGCAUCCUUCGGGUAAAUGAUGUGGAUGUAAGGGAAGUAACUCACAGUAAAGCAGUGGAAGCUUUAAAAGAGGCUGGAUCAAUUGUGAGAUUAUAUGUGCGGAGAAGAAAGCCAGUCACCGAAAAGAUUUUAGAAAUAAAACUUAUUAAAGGGCCUAAAGGCCUUGGGUUCAGUAUAGCUGGAGGUGUUGGAAACCAGCACAUUCCAGGCGAUAACAGCAUCUACGUAACCAAAAUUAUUGAAGGAGGAGCAGCGCAUAAAGAUGGCCGGCUACAGAUAGGGGACAAGAUUCUGGCAGUUAAUACAACCAGCCUCGAUGAAGUUACACAUGAAGAUGCUGUUACUGCUUUGAAAAACACAACAGAAGUAGUAUAUUUGAAAGUUGCAAAGCCUACCAGCAUGUACAUGAAUGAUGGAUAUGCACCUCCAGACAUCACUAACUCCUAUUCCCAAUUGGAAAACCAUAUCACGCCAGCAAACUACAUAGGGAGCACAGAAUACAAACAGACUCUUCCUCCAUCAUCACCAGGCAGAUACUCACCAAUUACCAAAGUCAUGGGUGAUGAUGAAAUGACCAGGGAACCCAGAAAGGUGGUGCUACAUCGAGGAUCAACUGGCCUAGGCUUUAACAUUGUCGGUGGUGAAGAUGGGGAAGGAAUAUUUAUUUCCUUCAUAUUGGCAGGAGGCCCAGCUGACCUGAGCGGUGAACUAAGAAAAGGGGACAGGAUUAUUUCGGUGAACGGUAUUGAUUUGCGGAGUGCCACCCAUGAGCAGGCAGCAGCGGCACUGAAAAAUGCUGGGCAAGCAGUCACGAUUGUGGCACAAUACAGGCCUGAAGAAUACAGCAGAUUUGAAGCCAAAAUCCAUGACCUACGGGAGCAGAUGAUGAACAGCAGCAUUAGCUCAGGAUCAGGGUCGUUGCGGACCAGCCAGAAGCGAUCCCUUUAUGUCAGAGCCUUGUUCGAUUAUGACAAGACCAAAGACAGCGGUCUUCCAAGCCAAGGCCUUAACUUCAGUUUUGGUGACAUCCUGCAUGUGAUCAACGCAUCAGAUGAUGAGUGGUGGCAGGCUCGACAGGUAACGCCAGACGGUGAGAGUGAAGAAAUUGGAGUCAUCCCAAGCAAAAGGAGAGUUGAGAAGAAAGAACGAGCCAGGUUAAAGACGGUGAAAUUCAAUUCAAAAUCAAGAGAUAAAGGGCAGUCAUUCAAUGACAAGCGUAAAAAGAACAUCUUUUCCCGAAAAUUUACCUUCUACAAGAACAAGGAGCAGAGUGAGCAGGAAACCAGUGAUCUUGAACAGCAUGUAACCUCUAAUGCCAGUGAUAGUGAAAGUAGUUACCGUGGUCAAGAAGACUAUGUUCUCUCCUAUGAACCUGUUGGCCAGCAGGAGGGGUGUGUCAGCUUUCAGCUUGUUCUUAUCUGUGCACGUGACCUCAUUUUACCCUAUCAUUGCAAUCCUGUCCAGUACUUCAGGCAAGCUGAUGACCUCUUCUUCUACUUUGCCUCUGUAUUUUGA